GGUUUACUUUAUGCAUAAUUUUCAUCACCUGUUUGUGUUUCACCCACUUCCUCUGUGUUGACACGUUGACAGUCCGGAAAAGAAUUAGUUUUCCUUCCGAGAAUUUGGCUCUGCGUUUGUAAGUUGUUGGAAGUUGUUCUAUUCAAAUAGAAACAUAACAUGAACGGUCGCAAGCAUUAUAUGCAAGCUUUCGAUAUUCGAUAUUGUGUAGGUGAUCGAACAAAUUAUGUCAAUUUACCUCAUGUCAUUGCGAUGGUGGGAUUACCUGCUAGAGGAAAGACAUACAUUUCAAAAAAGUUAACUCAUUAUCUCAACUGGAUUGGCAUAAAAACUAGAGUAUUCAAUGUUGGUGAAUAUCGAAGGUUAGCUACUGAAGCAUAUAAAAGCCAUGAUUUCUUUCGCCCAGAUAAUGUGAUAGCAAUGGCUAUCCGAAAUAAAUGUGCCCUUGAUGCAUUAGAAGAUGUUUGUCAAUGGCUUUUGACGGAGGGAGAAGUUGCAGUAUAUGAUGCAACAAAUUCAACUACAGACAGAAGAAAUUUAAUUUAUGAUUAUGUUUGUGAAAAAUAUGGCUUUAAACUAUUCUUCAUUGAAUCUGUAUGCAAUGAUCCAGGUAUUAUAGAAGUCAAUAUUAGGGAAGUUAAAGUUCACAGCCCGGAUUACAGAGAUAGUGAUAAUAAAGAUGAAGCUUUGAGAGAUUUUAUGCAAAGAAUUGAACAUUAUCAAAAGGCUUAUCAAACGUUAGACGAAGAUUUAGAAGCAGCUUAUUCUUUUAUGAAAAUCUUCAAUGCUGGAGAAAAAGUCCUGGUUCACAGGCAUGAAGGUCACAUCCAGAGUCGUGUUGUGUAUUAUUUGAUGAACAUUCAUAUUUUACCUCGUUCCAUUUAUGUAACCAGGCAUGGUGAGAGUAUUUUGAACUUAAAAGGAAGGAUUGGUGGAGAUGCUGAACUAUCUGAUCGUGGCUGGGAGUACACUCAUGCUUUGGCGCGUUUCAUUCAAGAACAAAACAUUCCUCGCUUACGUGUGUGGACUAGUCAGUUGCAAAGAACCAUCCAGACUGCAGCUGGAAUUGAUGCACCCCAAGAAAGGUGGAAGGCUUUGAAUGAAAUUGAUGCA